AUGCCGUCCUCCAAACGCACCGACAGUCCGGCGCCCAAAGCCUCAAGCAGGCAAGUUGAAACUCCAAGCUCCAAAGGAGUGCGCAAGCAGACCCGGCCGAUCGGUGAAUUCUACGGGAACAUUGGCACCGGCUUUUGGACAUUUUUCAUUCCAGCGGCCAUCUACUACUUCUAUGGCAUCAUGGUCAUGCAUCAGGGACGACUGGUGAUUCCAGGGCCCAGCUUUUGGAAAGACCUUUGGAACUUGCCGGAUGGGAUUUCAAUCCGUCCAUGCUGGGGUCCGACCAUUGUGUCUCUGACCUGGGUCUGCUGCCAGGCGUUAGGAGAGAUCGUGUUGCCUGGCAACUUGAAGGAGGGGGUGAUGCUGAAGAGCGGCCGCAAGUUGAUCUACCCCAUGAACGGCUUGCUGUGCUUCUUCUUGAGCCACAUUGGGCUGUUCCUCUGUUGCUACUAUGGGAUCCUGAAGCCUUACUAUGUCUUUGAGAACAUGGGAGCUCUCUUGACAGAGGCGGUGAUCACUAGCUAUGUCAUGGCACUGUGGUUGUACGUGGGCUUUGGCAUUUUCUGGAAACGCCACGUGGAUGAUCCUGAGUUUGAAGAGGAUCAUGGUGUGUUCGACUACAAGGAUUUCUUCAAUGAUUUCUUCAUGGGUGUGGUCCGCAAUCCUCGUUUGUUUCAUGGCAUUUUGAAGACGCCAUUUGACUUGAAGCGAUUCUGGAACGCACGCCCGGGAUUGACUGGCUGGGUGAUCUUGAACAUUUCGUACUUGACAAGCAUGUACUACGGCUGCAGCCUACCCUCGGCCUAUGGUGCGAAGGAUUCGGUGUUCUUCGGUGAUCACGAGGGCAAGUCGCAGAAGAUUCAAGAGAUGUUCGCAGGGAAGGAGGGCUUCUGCAAUGAUGAAGGCUCUCUUGCAAACAUUGGACCGGCCGCUGUGUUCAUCACACUGGCGCAUUGGUACUACAUUUUUGACUACAACUUGGUUGAGCCCGCAUAUUUGACCACCACUGACAUCCGUCACGAUCUCUUUGGAUUCAUGCUGACCUAUGGGGACUGGGGCUUCCUCAGCCGCUUCUAUCCCAUUUCCUUCAUGGGCUUCCUUGCCGUACAGGGUGGUGCCAAGGGCUACAUCACUCAGAACUACAUCUUUGCAGGCAUUGGGAUUGCCAUGUACAUCUUUGGAAUGAUCAUGUUCCGCAUCACCAACAUUGAGAAGCAUCUCUUCCGGGACCACCUAAACAAUGGAGGCUCUGUGGACAAAUACAGGUCACCCUGGAGCACUCGCAUCAUCUUCGGGGACAAAAAGGUGGAGUUCAUCCGAACCAAGGAGGGAUCCAUUCUUCUCACCUCCGGCUAUUGGGGCUUGGCCCGGCACUUCAACUACAUCGGCGAUCUGACCAUGUGCAUUGGGUGGGCAGUGGCAUGCUAUAAUCCAGCCUCCCCAUUCCCUUGGCUGCCCAUUUCCUACUGCAUCUACUUUUGGCUCAUGGACUGCCAUCGUUGCUGGCGUGAUGAAGUCAGGUGCUCCAAGAAGUACGGGCCUGACUGGGAUCGCUACAAGCAGGCGGUGCCAUACUACAUUUUCCCUGGGAUCUGGUGA